UCUGUAUGAUUACGAAAAAAUUAAAAAAGAAAUAGUGAAAAUAUCAGAAAAAUGGAUCUUUGAUGACGUAUUUACAGGAAAAUAAUCUCAAACAAAUGCUUAAAAUUCUUCCAAAUCUUCAUUGUGCAGUUAAUCAGCGGUUCUGUGUUGAAUGUGGACAGUUUACUCAGUGACCGAUGAGGACUCCCUUAAGGAGACGGGUUGGGUUGCUGGUCUAGACUGUACCCUUUAUAAUAUGAUUUAGCAUUAUAAAGAUGAUUGUAGAUUACACUUCAGUCAUUCAGGCAAUAAAUUAGUUUUUACUUUGUAGUCUGCUGCCAUCUGGUGGUCUGUUCACUUCUGUUCAUUCUUUCAGAUUAAAGAAACUUUAACUCUUGUGCGCAAUAAUUUUAGUUCCUGUACCUCAAAAAUAUGGGAGUGGGUUCUCUUCUGGUGGAGAACGGACAAAACAAACACUUGUUCUAGAUUUGUUGAGGUUAUUUAAUUAGUUGCAAUCUGCCACUUCACCACUAGAUGCCACUAAAUCCUACACAGUGGUCCUUUAAUGAUGAAGGUUAUAAAAAGAAAUAGAUAAAAAAAAAAGGUUCUGAAAAGGUUCUUCAAAGAACCAUCACCAACGGAAGAACCUCUUUACUCAGUGGAUGGUUCUUCACAUACAUUAUGUGUUUUUUGAAGUACUAAAGGUUCUUUAUUUGGUAGUGGGUAAUAGCGACAAAUAACUAUUAUUUUCAUUAUCAGUGAAAGUGAAACAUAUUUUCUCAAUAAGGCAGCAGAUUGUUCCCAUUUCCUUCACAGUUUUCCAAAUGUCCUUGAAAGUCUAGUUACUACAGACUUUUAAUUAGGCUCCUCCUCCUUCAUCUACACUCAAAAGACUUUGAUUGACAGCUCUCAGCUACAUGCUCAUGUAACCCUGGUCAGUUUUAUCGUACUGUAAUUUACAGAACCUUUGAAUGCGUCUUAGUUGUUUCUCGUCUGGCAAUGGAACUUCUGAGCUUACCUGAAUGCAUCACCUGCAGCUCUCGGUGUGUCUCAGAAGGUGAGUGACAAGAAAAAAAGGAAAAGAGAGAAACCUCAUUCGGCGACCAACCGAUGAACUGUCGUUAGAAAGGGAGUGUGAGGAGAUACUUACCUGUGGAAGGUAGUCGAUGACGGAGCGACUCCGACUGAGAGUUUCCUCGAGCUUCUCAAGAUACUGAACCCCAAAUUGCUCCCGAUGCCGUGUGUGAGUGUGUAUGAUUAGUUUGUGUUCGAUGGACUUUGCCAUCACUGAGUGAAUGUGUGUGAAAGGGUGAAUGUGGCACGUAGUGUAAAAGCGCUUUGAGUGGAAGACUAGAAAGGUGCUAUACAAGUACAGGUCCAUUUACCGUUUACCAACUGUGAUCCAUAUCACCCGCCAUGCUGCAUGGAGACUCUUGGUUCAUCGGACCGCAGUGUGGACAUCAGUGUGGUAGGACAACGCUCAGUCUCAGUAUUUUUAGUUUAUUUAGUUUUAUCUUUUGUUAAAAAACAAACUGACAAAGGAACCUAAGGAACAGUUUUCUCCUUGGAGAACCCUGGAAGACAGACAACGGAAAACAGGAAAGAAUAAGGACAAUUGAACCCAUUACAGGAGGGAAAGAAACAGGUUUUUAUAUUUGUUUUCUAUAUUGGUACUUACCUGGGUCAGCUAAUUUUAUUUUUCAUUUUAUUUCAUACUGUGAAUUUAAUUUAUGUGGAAAGAACUGCAUUUCAUUUACUGAGUGUAAUGUUGUUGGUGUGAAUAUUUGAAUAUAUACAUUUAUACCACAUUCUGUGUUGUGUGUUAUGUGGGCUGGGGAUCAAUUGCUCUCGUGCUUCAGUGCUACUGCCGAUCUCCUUACCCGAACCUGGUUGAUCAGACGGAACCCAAGGAGACUGAGAAUAAGUCUUCCUGCAGUUUGGACUUUUUGGAGCUCUGUCAGUGUCUCAAGCUGCUGUUACUCUCCCAUAAGACCUUUCAGUGACCCCUGCUGCUGACUGGCAGCACUACAGCUCAGACUGGGUUUCUGCUCUGACGUCAGACUGACGUUUCUGGACUCUGGUUUAAAGGAAUGAGGGUGUGACGGCUGUCAGAUGAACACAGACACCAGCAGCGACUGUCAGCGUCUGCAUACGAAGGUUGAUGGUCUGACUUUAACAGGGAGCCACAAUGACAGCAGAGGACCUUUUGAACACUCUAGAGAAUUUAAAAUUUAAAGAAUUCGAGGACUUCAAAUGGUAUCUGAAGCAGCCUGUCAUCCUGGAAGGCAACAAACCCAUCAAAGAAUCCAAGCUGGAGACAGCAGAAAGGCGGGACACAGUGGACCUGAUGGUGAACAACUAUAAACUUCCCGGAGCUCUGAAAGUGACCAAGAUGGUUUUAGAAAAGAUAAACAGGAACGAUCUGGUGAAGAGUCUGCCAGACACCAGCUCAGGACCAGAAGGUCAGUCACACUUGGUGGAUAACAGUGAUGUUGCAGAAACUUCAGAGACCAGAGGACCUUCCUCCUCUCAGUGUGAAGAUGAGAUUGUUCCUGUACCAAAACCACGCCACAUCUCACAUUACCAACAAAACCUUCAAUCAAACCUCAAAGAUAGGUUUAUGUGUGCACAAGAGGGGUGGUUGGAGAUGAAGGAUGAGCAACCUCUGCUUGAUAUCUACACAGAACUGUACAUCACAACUGGAGGUGACAUACACAUCAACACACAGCAUGAGGUCAGACAGAUUGAGGCGGUGGGGAAGCCAGCAGAAACAGAGACACCAAUUAAACCCAGUGACAUAUUCAAACCCCCCUCUGGAAAAACAAGAGCCAUAAGAGCAGUGCUGACCAGGGGAAUCGCAGGAAUUGGCAAAACAUUUCUUGUGCUCAAGUUUGUGUCAGACUGGUCUGAAGGAAGAGCCAAUCAAGAUGUUCAUCUCAUAUUUCCCUUCACCUUCCGCCAGCUGAAUUUAUUGAAGGGAAAAAAGUUCUGUUUGGCAGAGCUCAUUCAUAAAAGUAUCAGGGAGACCAAAGACAUCCCAGAAGAAGCUCUGAAUCACAUCUUUACAACACUGCAGUCAUCAGGAAACACCAACUAUGACAGAAGUAAAUACAAACUUCUGUUUAUUUUGGAUGGACUGGAUGAGAGCCAGUCCCAACUUCAACUGGACUGCUCUACCAAUAAAACCCAGGACACAGACUUUGAUGUGACAAAGUCAACCUCAGUGGAUGUGCUGCUGUCAAACCUCAUCAAGAAGAAUCUGCUUCCCUCUGCUCGCCUUUGGAUAACCACACGACCUGCAGCAGCCAAUCAGAUCCAUUCUGAUUUUGUUAACAUAGUGACAGAGGUCAGAGGGUUCACUGACCCACAGAAGGAGGAGUACUUCAGGAAGAGGUUCAAAGAUGAGGAGCAGGCCAGCAGAAUCAUCUCCCACAUCAAGACAUCACGAAGCCUCCACAUCAUGUGCCACAUCCCAGUCUUCUGCUGGAUCACUGCUAUAGUUCUGGAUGGUGUGUUGAAGACCAGAGAGGGAGGAGAGCUGCCCAAGACCCUGACUGAGAUGUAUGUAGAAUUCCUGGUGUUUCAGAUUCAUCAGACAAAAGAGAAGUAUGACCAAGAACAGUGCAUUCAGUACAUUAAGUCAUUAGCAAAACUCGCUUUCCACCAGCUGGAAAAGGGCAACCUGAUCUUCUACGAGAAAGAUCUGAAAGAGAGCGGCAUUGAUGUCAGUGGAGCCUCAGUGUGCUCAGGAGUGUUCACAGAGAUCUUUAAAGAGGAACAUGGGAAGAAGAAUGAUGAAGACAAGAUGUUUAGCUUCGUCCAUCUGAGUGUUCAGGAGUUUCUGGCAGCUUUAUAUGUGGAGAUGUCGCUCAUCAACAAAAACAAGAAUGUGAUGUCUAAGGUAGCACAAACUGUUGGUGAACAUCUGCGAGCAUUUUUUAAAAAAUCUGUGACAGCAGUCCACAGGUUUGCUGUUGACAAGGCCUUACAGAGUCCAAAUGGACACCUGGACUUGUUCCUCCGCUUCCUCCUGGGUCUCUCUCUGCCAACCAAUCAGACCAAACUCCCUCAAGGCCUACUGAAAGAGAGAAGAAGCUCACAGACCAAUCAGAAAACAGUUGAGUACAUCAAGAAGAAGAUCAAUAAGAAUCUGUCUCCAGAGAGAAACAUCAAUCUGUUCCACUGUCUGAAUGAACUGAAUGAUCGUUCUCUAGUGGAGGAGAUCCAACAGUACCUGAGUUCAGGAAGUCUCUCCACAGAUGAACUGUCUCCUGCUCUGUGGUCAGCUCUGGGCUUCAUCUUACUGUCAUCAGAAACAGAUCUGGAUGUGUUUGACCUGAAGAAAUACUCUUUGCCAGUGGUCAAAGCCUCCAACAAAGCUCUGCUGAGUGGCUGUAAUCUGUCAGAGAGAAGCUGUAAAGCUCUGUCCUCAGUUCUCAGAUCCCAGUCCUCUAGUCUGAGGGAGCUGGACCUGAGUAACAACGAUCUGAAGGAUUCAGGAGUGAAGCUGCUCUCUGCUGGACUGAAGAGUUCACACUGUACACUGAAGACACUCAGGUUAAAUCACAACGGGCUUACAGAGGAAUGCUGUCAGGAGUUCUCAGCAGUUCUCAGCUCCCAGUCCUCUAUUCUGAGAGAGCUGGAUCUGAGUAACAACAAUCUGAAGGAUUCAGGAGUGAAGCUGCUCUCUGCUGGACUGAAGAGUUCACGUUGUAAACUGGAGACUCUCAGACUGUCAGGCUGUAUGAUCUUAGAUGAAGGCUGUACUUCUCUGGCCUCAGCUCUGAGAUCCAACCCCUCCCAUCUGAGAGAGCUGGACCUGAGCUACAAUCAUCCAGGAGACUCAGGAGUGAAGCUGCUGACUGCUGGACUGGAGGAUCCACACUGGAGACUGGACACUCUCAGGGUGGAACACGGUGGAGUGCAGAGGCUGAAACCUGGUCUGAGGAAGUAUUCCUGUGAACUCACAGUGGACACAAACACAGUGAACAGAAACCUCAAACUGUCUGACAACAACAGGAAGGUGACGUAUAUGAGAGAGGAGCAAUCAUAUCCUGAUCAUCCAGACAGAUUUAAUGUCUGGGCUCAGCUGCUGUGUAGCAAUGGUCUGACUGGUCGCUGUUACUGGGAGGUCGAGUGGAGAGGAAGAGUUUUAAUAUCAGCGAGUUACAGAGGAAUCAGCAGGAAAGGAGGUGCUGACUGCUGGUUUGGAGAAAAUAAACAGUCCCGUAGUCUGGAGUGCUUUGAUGAUGAUGGUUACUCUGUCUGUCACAAUAACAGAAGAACAGACCUCUCCUCUUCCUCCUCCUCCUCCUCCUCCUCCUCCUCCUCCUCCUCUGUCUCUAACAGAGUAGCAGUGUAUGUGGACUGUCCUGCUGGCACCUUCUACAGAGUCUCCUCUGACACACUGAUCCACCUCCACACCUUCAACACCACAUUCACUGAACCUCUUUAUCCUGGGUUCUGGUUAGGGUUUGGAUCCUCGGUGUCUCUGUGUUUAGUGUAGGAGGAAGAGUCUCCUCCUGUUAGAGAAACACUGCUGACAAACACACACAAACACCUGAGCCUUGUUUCUGUUGGAGUCCAUAUUUCUUUACUUGAUGGUGAAUCUGUGUCAUGAAAAGUCACGCUGCAUUCACUACGAUCACUUCCUGUUUGUACUGUAACCAAUUGAAGGCAUUUUAUUUUUCUUCCCAAACAAACGCAUAUUUGGAGGUAUGUUCUACUCCUAGCAGGAUGAUCAGAUAUAACUGAAAUUUAGUCAGGGAAUGCAAAAGAUGUUGUUGAUGAUAUUUUAUGAAUGUGGUGAGUUUUUGUUCCGUGGUGUGGUGCCAUAUUUUGAUGUACUGCCAGAACACACAAAUUUGCUAUAACUUGAGUGUACAUUGUCCAAUCGUCUCCAAACUUCAUUUGUCUGAUAAGAGUACCGCCCUGAACACAUCUAUGUGAUAAUAUUCACUAAUAGUGAGAGCGCCACUUAGUGGUGAAAGGAAAUGUCAUUUUUAUACUUGUAUUUAUAUCUUCCAGUAGAUUGACCAGAUCCAUCUGAAAUUAUGUCAGACGUUCCUUAGAACGAUGACGAUGACAUUUUAUGAAUCUUAAGAAUUUUCAAAGAACCAUGAACAUGCCAGAAAACUCAUGAAACUUUGUACAAAAUUCAGUCGUGGCAAAGGCUAAGGUAUUGUCUUGGUCCAACGGAUGGGCAUUGCAUCAUGGCUUAGCCACACCCCCAAGAAUCAGCCCUCAAGACACACAUGACCGACACGAAAAUUGGUACGCAUGUUUAUCAUGAUGGGACAAGCAAAAAAGCCUCUUGGACCCAUAACCCAAACACAACAGUGGUCGGCCAUUUUUAAAUUUCACAACUUAUAACUUCAGCGUACGUGAUCCAAUCUCAACGAAACUUCACAUGUUUGAUAAAAGUCCCGCACUGAACACGUCUACAUGACAAUAUUCAGUAAUAGUGAGAGCACACCCUGAGUUGCUUGGAGUGCGAGGGCCUGUUCAUCGCUGCUUGCAGCUUUAAUUAUUGCUGUUUUCACUGAUAAAAACUAUAUUUUGACAGUUUACCAAUGCUUAUACACUGCUACAAAUCAUUUAUUCAACAGUAAAAUAAUUGUCACUAAUUUUACAUAAUUUUCUAAAUGUAUUAACGGUAUUUAACUUGAAUUUCACAUCUUAAUGUAUUAAAUAAACAUUAAAUAUCUGAAAAAUGA